GGAAGAGUUUUAGUUCGACGAAUUUUUGAUGAAUUUGACCAUCUUCCACGAAAUAGUGGCGGCAACUUGUCAAUUAGGGACGCCGAGUUUCCCUCGCCAACCACGAUACGAAUGCCGUCAUCGAACGGCCAGUCCAGAUCCCGCAACGCAACAGCCAAGAAUUCAGAACAAACGAGAAUCUAUCCUGCUGCUGUAGUAGAAUCCAUCAGCGAGCGAUGGAGCCCUCGUCGUCCUUGACCAAUGCCCUCUUUGGCAAACCUUCCACCACCAGCAGCAGCAGUCUCUUUGCGGCUCGAGACACCGAUGUAGCUCCAUCGGCUCCACAACCCAGCGUUGUUCCCACAAAGCGAUCUUCGAGCACUCAAGAUGAUGGUGAGGAUACCCCACCACAGCCUCCUCCCCGAGAACGAGUUUUAACGCGACGCCAGGUUCGGUCAAAGGCGCCCAUCAUCCACCAACAAUUGACACUGGUAAACGAUGACAAAGAUCCCGAAGAUGUCUUUGGCCAAGAAAUCAGUUCCGUUGUCAAGCUUUGUGGUCUCGCCGUGGUACAAAAUGCAAUUGACCCGUCCAUUCUCGACUCGUUGGCACACGAGGCCGAUGCGACUCGUACCAAGAUUUGUCAGGCGCUAAAAGCCAGAGAAUUGAGCUGGAAUGACAGUAGCAACAAUGAGAAAACCGUGCGCUUUUACGAACUUGCCGUACGAUGCCAAGGACGCAUGGAUGUUCGGUACAACAACAGCGACAACAAGAAAGAGCCAUUCUGGAAGAAUCAUUCUCUGCUCAACUCCAUUGUGUCUCAUCUCUUGUAUGGAGGAGAAUCCCAAGAACUGCAACCUCAACUCGUCUAUGCUGGAUGGAUCUUUAGUUUUCCAGAUUCCAAAGAUCAACCGUGGCAUCAAGAUGGAAUUCCACUCUUUCCAUCCACCGAAACCGUCAUUGCAUUGCCCACCUACGCCAUUAACGUCUUUAUUCCACUCGACGAUGCCACUCUCGAAACGGGCCCCACCGAAUUUGUGCCAUUCUCCCAUCGACAGACACCCGCACAAGCCAUGGAACAUAUAGAAAAGAGCGACAACAAUGACAGUGACAACAAUCUGGUCAAUCCAUUACCUCGACGGGGAGAUAUUUUGAUCUACGAUUAUCGCAUCUGUCAUCGGGGAACCGCCAAUCUCGACAAGAAGAAGGUACGGACGGUCUUGUACUUGAUGUAUGCCAGGCCGUGGUUUCGGGAGCAUGUCAACUUUGGAACCGAGAGGCUGUUUCCAACCAUGGAGCAGCAGGACUCGUGAACAAGCAACAGGUCCCGAUUAAUUGUUCUACAGGUAGCAAUAAACUCAUGGCUAGCUAGAGGACGAACAGAAUGACAAGUCUGCCGGAAUGGAUGUAGCUCGAUAACCCUGAUUGACCAGAGAUUGAUCUAAUCCGGAGUAGCAGAGAAUUGCAGUGUCAUGCGUCAAGCUAGUUCUGCGAGGUUUUCUUUGCGCAGCGUAGUUACUGAUUUGUGGUUGCCGCAUGGCUGAAUUCUAGCUAUUGCUCGCUGCUGAGAAUACGGCAUUCACUCUGCUUCAUUGCCUUGCCACAAGGAGUAAUGCAACAUUUAUUCAUCAGAUGGGAAGAAGCAGAGCUGCAGAAAAGCUACGACCGAGAAACCCAACUGCUCAGCCGAUUAGGUAACACCCAUGCUCUUUCCGCCAAUGCAGGGACCACAAUAGUCAUUGACGUAGUACUGUAGAAUGUGAGAAUUCGCCUCAUGGAUGCAAAGUGUUCGGAACCCCUGGUGGCUUGAAGUAAAGUGACACACAUAGACCAUAAGGACUCCACAGGGGAAGUCCUCCGAUUCACAAUAAGGCACCAAUCCAUCAUCAUCAUCUGCAUCAAAACCAUAGUGAGGAUCCUGUCUGGGAAUUUCUGGAUCAACCUUUGGUUGCUGCCAGUUUUCACUCGUUUCUGU